AUGCGGCGGCUGGCGCGUGGGAGCUCUGCGCGUGAGCUGGCGUCGAAUACGCCCCUUCUCCUUCCAGCUAAGCGCUGUUCCGAGACUUCCGAAGAAACCUCCAUCUGUCCGCGUGGGCGCCACAAGCCUGACGACCAACCGCCAACAGCCAACGACGCGUCCCCAGACACAGACGCAGCCAAACGGCUUUCUCUCCAGUCACGCCGGCACUCUCUCCAACAUCCAACCUCAUACCCCCACCGUUUUACCAGUAGAUCAAUCUGGCCCCUCCCCAACGACACCCUGCACUUCCCCACGCUAGCCGCCAAAUCGCUAGACCUGCAAACCCGCGAAAUGUUCAACACAAGCCUCUGCAGCGUCCUGAUCCCCGAAACCUACGCCGCAUUCUCCAAGCGCCUCGACCAGGACAUCGUCGCCUUCAGCCGCGACGACCAGGCCACCCAGUGCCCGCCGAUCCAGUGGGUCGUCCGCUGCUACGCAACCUGGCACCUGGCGACGCUCCACUCGGACGCCGACCUCCGCGCGCAGAGCCGGUAUAUCUAUGGGGUUCUGCUCCGGUAUAUGCGGGUUGCGCUGGAGGACGCGCGCAAGGCGACAUGCCAGACUACGCUUCUUUUGACGAUUCUGUUGGGGUUUUAUGAAGUUUUUGAGGGGGGGAGUCCCGAUGCGUGGCUGGUGCAUGUUCGUGGUGCGAAGCAGAUACUCAAGAAGAGGGGUGCCACGGCGCAUUUCAGGCGUUUUUUUAUCGCCGAGGCGUUGAUUAGUUGUGAGGAGUGCUUUCUUGCCGAGAGGGAGUGGGCGAGUGUUAAUGCGAGGGCGUUUGAAAGGGAGGAUAGGCGGGGUAAGGGGUGUAGACUUGUUAGUUUGAUUGAUCGGACGUAUCGGGAGGUUGUCCGGGUGCCGGGGAUGGUCGCGAGGGUGAAGAGGGUUCUUGGGGAGGUGGCAAAUGGCGAGAUUCUAAUGGAUGGCAGCGGGGUGGUGUUAAGAGAGGAAUUGAAGGCCGAGAUCCAGCGGGGCCGGGCGACAAUACGAAGGCUCAGGAGGGGUCUAUCGAAUCUCUCGCCUGAGGAUAUGGAGCCGCAGGAUGCGGACGGGGAGCAUAUCAUCGAUCCGAGGUUUGUCUCUCCGAUCGUUCAACAUAAUCUCUACGCCGCGUCUGCAGUUGAGAAGCUGCUGGGUCCAUUAUCUGCCAUGCUGGCUGAUACAUAG